AUGGCCCUCGCUGAUGCCCUCCUCCAGCAUCUGGGCGCCCGGUUCGCCAGCCCCGGCCUCGAGACCCAGUACCGGCGGUUCCGAGCAUCCGGAUACUUCCUCAAGGGCGACGGCCUGAGGGCGGGCGUCCAGUGCGCGAUCCUGGCCACCGGCUGGCUGCGACGUCUGCACAGGGAGGGCGCCACGCUAGGCACCGUGGCCGCGUUCUCCGUCCUCAUCGGUCCGGUGGUCCAAAUUCUGAUGAAGUGGUCGGCAGAGAGGCGGGGUGGGGGCCCGGCGACGCUGGAGGCCCACGUGCGGCACAGGCUGGCAUUCGCUUGCCUGUGGCGCGUGGCGGUCAUGCCGGCGAUGGGCGCGAUCUGCUUCGUCGACUACUUCAAGCCGCCUGGCGCCGGGGCGCGCGGCGGGCAGGUCGCGAUGUACAUCCUCUUCGACACGGGCACCGUGGCGCUGUUCAUGAACUGCGUGACCUACCCGCUGCUGCUGGAGCACCACCUGUGCCUGCAGCCGCUGGCCACGGCCAUGAUGGCCCUCUGGUGCGGAUGGCCGUUCUGCCGGCAGGCUGCGAACACCCCAGACGGGUCGGAGACCGUGCUGUCGGCGUGGAGAUCGCUGGACGCCGCGUCCUGCGGACUCCUGUCGGCCGUGCUAAUGGGGGACGUGACCGGCGCCCUUGAGCCGCCCGCGCUGCCCGCAUGCCGCCAGGUGGUGCUAUCCGCGUACGCGGCUAUGUGCCUGGGCGCGGCGACGUACAUCCUGUGGGCGAUGGAACGCCGCUCGCGGGUGGAAUUCCUGGACGUGCGGAUGCGGGAGGGGCUGGGAGGCGGCGAACGGGAGUGGGCACCGGUGGGGUCAGAGGUCGUGUUCCACGGCGUGCUGGCGGCGGUGGGCGCGGCGCUGGCCUGGCGAGGCCUGGGCGCCGCCCUGUGGGAUCCGGGGCCAGCCGCGGAUUCCGGCUGCGGCGCCCACGAGCGGGGAGGGAUGUGA